GUGAAAGUACUUGCAUAAAGCAUGAACCCAAUCAUGAAAACUUCACCAACUACAGAGUUGCAUCAACCAAAAACAACUGCAACUGGUCCUCUUCAUGCAAAAAACACUCGCUUCUUCAUCGAUGCCAUAACAGGACGCACAGUUCUCCUUCGAGGUGUCAACCUAUCUGGCAGUGUAAAGCAACCUUACACGCCUCGCUUGCCAUCACAUUCAUUUUUAACUGAAGAGUUUUUUGACCAUCGCAAUAUAUCUUUUGUGGGAAGGCCCUUUCCUUUGGAUGAGGCUGACCAGCACUUUGCUAGACUGCAUUCAUGGGGAUUCAACUUUUUAAGAUUUAAUACAACUUGGGAGGCUAUUGAACAUGCUGGGCCAGGAAUAUACGACCACGACUACAUCAAUUAUGUUGUUCAAAUUCUACUUGUAGCCAAGCGGUAUGGAUUUCGCGUAUUCAUUGACCCUCAUCAAGAUGUAUGGUCUCGUCAUUGUGGUGGAUCGGGAGCACCUGGAUGGUCACUGGAUCUAGUAGGUCUCAACCCUCGCAACUUUGCUUCAACCAAUGCUGCAAUUGUCCAGAACUUAUACCCUGAUCCUGCCCACUAUCCCAAGAUGAUUUGGGCGACUAAUUACUACAAACUGGCUGCAGCAACAAUGUUCACCUUGUUCUUUGCCGGCCGUAUAUUUGCACCCAACUGUCUUGUAUCGGGUGUAAAUAUUCAAGACUUUUUACAAUCGCAUUAUUUGGGUGCGGUGACUGCUCUAGCUAAAGCCAUCCACGCUACGCCUGGGCUUGAAUCGGAUGUAGUGGUUGGGUAUGAUACGCUCAAUGAGCCGUCAUCGGGAUAUAUUGGCUGCGAGGAUAUUACUAAGCUUAUGGAGUCACAAGAGCUGCGAAAAGGCUUGACCCCUACUCCGUUGCAAACCAUGCUUCUUGGCGCGGGCAUUGCAUGCCAAAACGUUCAGGUCUGGGACGUAGGCUCAUUUGGUCCAACCUGUGUGGCCACCCAGACUGUUGAUCCUCACGGUAUCCGAGCAUGGCACGACAACAUACCUUGUAUUUGGGCCGACCAUGGUGUAUGGGAUCCGCUCUCUCAUACUGUUCUCAAGCCCGAUUACUUUUCCAAGCAUCCUACAACAGGGAAGCACAUUAAUUUUCUCACUGAUGCGUGGAUGCCCUUUAUCCAGAAGUUUGCCACCGGAAUUCGCUCUGUCCAUUCUUCUGCUAUUAUUUUUGUCGAGCCUCCUGUGAAUGCCUAUCCACCGAGUUUUUCCUCGAAUGGAGAAUAUGGCAGCAACUCUUCGACCCACGCCCUUGACGGACCAUUGUGCUUUGCUCCACAUUGGUACGAUGGGCUCACUCUCAUUACCAAGCAUUUCAACACGUGGUAUGGAGUGGACUAUCUCGGGUUUUUGAGAGGCCAGUAUUCAAGCAUAGCUUUUGCAGUGCGAUUUGGAGAAGCAGGCGUCAGAUCGACAUUUAAAAGUCAAUUGAAACUGUUGCAGCAAGAGGGUUUGGAUCAAAUGGGAAACUACCCUUGUGUAGUGGGUGAAAUUGGAAUUCCAUAUGAUAUGGAUAACAGGCAUGCAUAUCUUACUGGUGACUAUUCGGCCCAAAUCCAAGCUCUUGACGCCAACAUGAAUGCCCUUGAACGGAAUCUGAUGAAUUUCACAUUGUGGAACUAUUGUUCUGACAACAACAAUUUGUGGGGAGAUCAAUGGAAUGGAGAAGAUUUGAGUAUUUGGGCACCGCCCAUAGCAAUGGUGGUCGCAAAAGAAGUAGAGAAACACAUGUAUGACUCGGAAACGAAAAGUAAUUUGACUGCCGACGUGUCAACAACUGCUAGCAGUAGCAGCAAAGUAGAGACACUUACUUUUAAUACUGACGGUGUGGUAGACCCAUCAUCCAGCAAGUCAGCUCUUUUGGCAGAUGAGUUUUAUUCUGGAGCUCAUGAGGGAUCUACUUUGCUAGAUGCAGGAGCACGUGCACUUACAGCAUUUACUCGCCCGUUUGCUAUUCAAACUCCAGGCACGCCCAUUGCUCAAGAUUUCAAUCUGAACCUAAAACAGUUUGUAUACACGUUUGAGCAUAGUGUAGAUACUACAGGGGCGUGGAUUGGCGAUCCUAGGCUUUUUAUGAACAAGGGUGAAAAUGCCACUACAGAAAUCUAUCUCCCUCGUGUACACUUUUUCAAUGAAAUAGCUGACAAAGUUCGAGUGGUCCAAGUUUGGGUGUCCCAUGGCGUAUGGGACAUCAAACCCAAUUUGCAACGUUGUAUAUGGAGUUGUGGAUGCAAACCCUCCUCGACGCUUAAAACUUCGAAUCUGGAUGGCGAUGAUAUGGAUGAAAGUCGUGGAGUGAUUCAACACACAAUCCGCAUUUCGGCUAUUUCGCGCAGCAUCGCUUCUCAUUUGGAUGAAAAAGUACAGGCGUCAUCUGGAAGUAAAUUGGUACUGUUUGAAGAAGAUCCAGAACAGGGUAGGGCAAUUAGGAGCAUCGAAGACGAGGAGUCUAUGGAGCUGUGCCCUCAGUGCAACGUUAUGUAGCUCGUUAGAUGAACGUUAGCUCGGGCUUAAAUGAUUCGUAUCAUCCGUCUUGUAACCCAACUGUCAUUCUCAUUUUGCAAGACCUAGAAUUUUGGCCAAUCAUUUUUUUCAAUAUCUUAAUCAAAUAAAAGUCUAAUUC